CAUUAAAAGGCACACUUUCCUCAUUAUUUUUCGAGUAAGACAAGCACCCAUUUCUUGAACAUUUUUGUCUGUAAUUUGAAAAAAAUGGCGACUGAAUUUGAUGCACAAUCCAGUUUCAUUCAAUUUCAAGAUUUCGAACCAGCUUUGACAGAGGUCGAGAUUGGGAAUCAUGGGUGUUCUCAUUACAAGAGAAGAUGCAAAAUCAAAGCACCUUGUUGCAGUGAGAUUUUUGAUUGUAGGCAUUGUCAUAAUGAAGCUAAGAAUUCAUUGGAAACUAAUCCUCUUGAUCGACAUGAUAUUCCACGUCAUGAAGUCACAAAGGUCAUAUGCUCCAUUUGUAGCACAGAACAAGAUGUUCAGCAGAAUUGCAUAAAUUGUGGGGUUUGCAUGGGGAAAUACUUUUGUGAAAAGUGCAAAUUCUUUGAUGAUGAUGUUGCUAAAGAUCAGUACCACUGUGAUGAAUGUGGAAUUUGCAGAACUGGUGGCAAAGAAAAUUUCUUCCACUGUAAAAAAUGUGGAUGCUGUUAUUCGAAUAUAUUGAAAGACACUCACCGUUGCGUGGAGAGAGCAAUGCACCAUAAUUGCCCUGUUUGCUUUGAGUUUCUGUUUGACACUAUGAAAGAUAUAACUGUUCUACCUUGUGGACAUACUAUACAUUUGGAUUGUGUUAAAGAGAUGGAGCAACAUUAUAGGUACUCAUGUCCAGUCUGCUCUAAGUCCAUAUGUGACAUGUCCAAAUUGUGGAGAAAGCUUGAUCAAGAGAUUUCUACAACUCCAAUGCCAGAAAUUUACCAAAACAAGAUGGUUUGGAUACUCUGCAAUGAUUGUGGUGUAAACUCGAAUGUUCAGUUCCAUAUAGUUGCACAUAAAUGCAUAAACUGCAAGUCGUACAAUACUAGACAGACACGAGGAGACUCAACUGCCUCAGGACAUACUCGAGGAGACUCGACGUGCACAUCGGAGAUGGCCGAGAUGGUGAGAUGACAAAAGAUUGGCCAUCUUGUCUUUGCAUCUAACUGGAAAUUCGUAUAUUAAGUAGUUCGCCAGUCCUUCAUUUCUAUUAAUAUAUUUAUGUAUAUUAAUAUAAUGUGAAUUGGAUAAUAUUUUGCAAGUUCCGAGUGAAAUAUCGAACAAAGGAUCAAUUCACCCUCUCAA